UUGUUAAGUUGUGAAGCUGCUUGCACUGGCAAGUGAAUUAGAAUGGAACUUCCUAUUAUACAUGGAAAUCCUUCUGUGCUCUGUUAAUUUCUAAGCAAACAUUUUUUGAUUGAAUUGGAAAACUCAGUUUCAGGGCCCACAUGUGUCUUUCCUGAAGAAUACUUUCACCUGAUAAGUAGCACCUGUAACUGCUGAGGUGGCUCCUGUGUAGUGGGCAAGGCAGGUUUAACUGAAUUCCACUCCAUACUCAGAACCUAGUGCUCCUGUUUUCAGUGCAGCUUGUUCCUAUGAGCUGCUGCUGGAUGAUGUGUAGGACCUUCCUGAGCAAGCUGGAAAAUUAGUAGAUUUUCAGGCUGCAAAUCAUAGUCAAGGCUGAAGAGCCCCAGAAGAUGUGAAGAUGAAGUCUGGCUUUUUGUUUACCUUGUAUUAAUGAAUUAAAUACCAAAUUCAAUUUCUAGUAAAGAUCUGUUCUUUUAAAAUGUUGAAUGAGCUACAGUUGAGCUACAGACACUCUCCUUCAACUGGAAGUCCUUCAGUACUCCUCCCGAUGACAGGUGGCUCAAUGGCCAUAGCCUGACAUAGGCUUUCUUACAUGAAUUCCACAUUGUUUUGAGAAUGUGGGACUAAGGGAACUUCUUAAUGCUGUCUGGUCUUGUCCCUUGUUAUCACGUGCAAUGCAGUAGCGAAUCUCACCUAAAUUCAGUAAAGUAGGCCUCCUGGUGCAUUAUUAACGGCGUCAAUACCAUCCUGUUAUUAGAAAGGAAGCGAGGGCAGCGGUUGCUAGCCGCGAUCGCGGUGGGCGGAACGGCUUGCGGGCGGUACGGCUGGGGGGGCGGAGGGCUGCUCUGCCGUUCCCAGGCAACCGCUACCAAUAGAGGGCGGGCGGAGGACACCGCCGGCCGCUUAGGGCGGCUCGGGGCGCUGAGGCGCCGGUUCCGGCGAGUAGGUGCCGCUCGGUACCCAGCGGGGCCCGGCGGUACGGUGACGCUCAGCGCUGCGGUGUGGAACGUGCUUUGGGCCGGGCUUGCUUAGCGUGGCACACUGGGCUUUGCGUAGCGCUGCGGUUCGUGUGGUGGCGGGGUUGACUGUUUAUGGAGUUCAAGUAAAAUACAUAAACAGAGAUACUUCUACAUUUUAGAGUGGUACACUUGGUCACCCAGCCAUGCCUGCAGAAGGAAAAAGUGAUAUGGAGAGGAUUGGCCUCUUCAGUGAAAUGAGCUAUGUUACCAUUGGAGAUAAAUAUGUAUCACAUUAUAUGCGCCCUUUUAAUGAAACUGCAAGCAAGAACAGACAGAUGCUAUCUGAGGGGAGCAAAACAUUGUCAGCUCUUCAGGCAGGUUAUUUUGACCCUCAGUUUAAGAGGAUUUUCAGUGGUGAAGCCUACUCAAACCCUGUUCAACUAAGGAGACGUUAUAGAUUGGCAGAAUCAAAGAAAAAUUUGGGCAAAGCUUUCCUUCCCAGUAAUGGAGAUAAACUGCCAUGUGGACUAGGCAGCUAUUAUGGAACCAUAGGAGGUCCGUUUGCAUACUUCAGUGCACAACUGAAAGCCAGAGAAAGAUACAUUCCUCCUGGAAAGAAUUUUUAUACUAGUCCAGGAAAAAAAGGAACUGGAUAUGGUUAUGCAAAUCUUACCAUAGGUGAGCAAUAUCCAUAUGAAGCAGAUGGCUAUGAAUUAGAAAAAAUAAUUGCAAAGAAAGCACGAGAGGAACACAAGCGUCUGGUUAAAGGAGGGCCUUUCAAAACAAAUAUGUACCCUCUGGAGUAUUUUGACAUGAAUCCCUACUUUAACGACAAACCUUUGCCACCUCUGAAGAAACCACCUCCAGAGAAGCGAACUGUACCACCUUUCAAACCAAGUUCCCCUGCUAAGAAGUCAGGGGGCAUGAAAGGAGGCACAUUUGAUCCUUAUCCAAGCCAUUCUGCUGACCCUUAUGUAAUCAAAAAAACUAUGGCUGUGUCACCCAGUAAAGAACAAAAGGUUUUUCUUCCUCCUCCUGGACCUAAAAGCAGACCUGUUACAAGUAUAAUCACUCAAAAUGUCAUAAGAUCAAUAAAUGUAAAGAACUACAAGACUGCAUAUGCUACAUCUUAUUAGGUAAAAACGGUGAAAUGAAGGGUACACUUUUAAGACUCUUAACAGCACAGUUGCUAAUCAGCGUUCAGAGCAAAUAAAAAUGUGAAAAAGUGGAAUUCAAGUACAUAAGGCAAUCCAGUUUGUUUAAUUAUCGAGAAUGCAAUAUCUGUGUUUGUUUUUUUCACACAUACACACACACACAGACACAUCUACAUACAUACUUGGUUGUAAAGCUACAAUAAGUAAUAUAAUGUAUUCAGUAGGUCCAUGGGUGAAUAGUUUUUCAUCUUAUUGCUUCACUUGAGUUUUGAAAUGUAUUUUUACAGAACAUACCCCCUACUGAGUAAUUUAGGUUCAAAUUCACAAAGUACUGCAGUGGAAAAAAACGCACGUAUUUCAAAGACUGCCAAAUAAGUUUGCUCAUGGUGAAACUAAGAUAAUUGUUUCCCCUUAGUAGUAUUACAAUUUAUAGUUUAUUUCAACAGUACUUUGUGUAAGAACUGUCUUAAAGACUUUCAGUUAUGAUGACAUUCUCAAAAUGACCAUUGUCAGUCUGUUAUAAAGGUAGUUAUCUCUAACCACCAUCAUCUGUUUAACUAAGAGUAGCUCUGUUACCUCUGUGUACAUGCAAGUAUCUUAACAAACGUAAUCCUUCAAACUUCUUCUAGGAUGGAACUAUGAUCCUAACUUUUAUAGGGUUUUUUUAAAAUGUGGUCCAAGAAACUUGUUCAUGUAAAUACCCCUCAGCAUUUAUAUUUAUUAGUUAUUUCUUGAAAAUGUGUAGAUAUUUAUUCUUUAAGGAUACUUACUACUGUCCUCAAGAUAAGGCGGUUUUUUUGUUUGUUUGUUUCCUUA